AUGCCCAUCUCAAACGGCGACGCCAUGACCAACACCACCGUCGACGCCCUGGACCACACCAAGGCGCUUGAGAUCCUCAAGAACGAGUAUCCUGAGCACGAUGGCAUUGAUGUCAAGACGCUCAUCGACUCCAAGAAGAACGGCGGUCUGACCUACAAUGACUUCCUCAUGCUUCCCGGCUACAUUGGCUUCCCCGCGGCUGAGGUUGCCCUUGAUACCCCAAUCACGAAGCGCAUUUCCCUGAAGACCCCCUUUGUCUCUUCCCCCAUGGACACGGUCACUGAGCACAACAUGGCGAUCCACAUUGCGCUCCUCGGAGGUCUUGGUGUCAUCCACCACAACUGCUCCCAGGAGGACCAAGCCGAGAUGGUGCGCAAAGUCAAGCGCUUUGAGAACGGCUUCAUCUUGGACCCUGUCGUCAUUUCGCCCACCACUACCGUUGGACAGGCAAAGGCCCUCAAGGAGAAGUGGGGAUUCGGUGGCUUCCCCGUCACUGAGAAUGGUACCCUGCGCUCUAAGCUUGUUGGUAUUAUCACACCCCGCGACAUUCAGUUCCACGACAAGCUCGACGACCCCGUCACUGCGGUUAUGUCGACCGACCUCGUAACUGCCCGCCACGGCGUCGAACUCAAGGAGGCCAACGACAUCCUCAACAAGUCCAAGAAGGGCAAGCUUCCCAUUGUUGAUGAGAACUUCAACCUCAUUGCGCUGCUGUCGCGCUCCGACUUGAUGAAGAACCUCAACUUCCCUCUUGCCUCUAAGCUCCCCCACUCCAAGCAGUUGAUCGCUGCCGCUGCCAUUGGUACCCGGCCAGAGGACAAGAUUCGUCUGCAGAAGCUUGUAGACGCUGGUCUCGACAUUGUCAUCCUUGACAGCAGCCAGGGUAACAGCAUGUACCAGAUCGAAAUGAUCAAGUACGUCAAGCAGACAUACCCCCAGCUUGAUGUCAUUGGCGGCAACGUCGUCACCCGCGAACAAGCCGCUGCGCUUAUCGCCGCCGGGGCCGACGGUCUGCGCAUUGGUAUGGGCAGUGGAAGCGCCUGCAUUACCCAGGAAGUCAUGGCUGUUGGAAGGCCCCAAGCCACUUCUGUCUUCAACGUCACGUCUUUUGCCCGACGAUUCGGCGUGCCCUGCAUUGCCGAUGGUGGUAUCCAGAACGUUGGCCACAUUGUCAAGGGUCUCGCCAUGGGCGCAUCCACUGUCAUGAUGGGUGGUCUUCUUGCCGGCACCACCGAGUCUCCUGGAGAGUACUUUGUCAGCCGCGACGGUCAGCUCGUCAAGGCCUACCGUGGUAUGGGCAGUAUCGCUGCUAUGGAAGACAAGAAGGCAGGAGGCGGUGCUCAAGACUCCAAGGCCAGCAAUGCUGGUACUGCGCGCUACUUCUCCGAGGGUGACCGUGUCUUGGUCGCUCAGGGUGUCUCUGGAUCUGUCCAGGACCGUGGCUCCAUUACCAAGUUCGUUCCCUACCUUAUGGCUGGUGUUCAGCACUCUCUGCAGGACAUUGGUGUCAAGAGCCUUACAGAGCUCCACGAGGGUGUUUCAAACGGAACCGUCAGGUUCGAAUUGCGAACUGCCAGCGCACAGGCUGAGGGUAACGUCCACGGACUGCACAGCUUCGAUAAGAAGCUCUACUCUUAG